GAUCAUCACAUCGGCGUCACGACGCACCGACGUGCUGACGUCAUCGCGCAGAAUCAACAUGGACGACUUCGUCGCGGUGGAAAAGAGCCCGGUGAGAAUGGAGGAGAUGCCGGCGGUCCUGAUCUCCAGACCUCAGACGGGUCUGUCCUUCCUGACCCCUGAGCCAGAAGACCUGGAGGACCUUUACACCAGAUAUAAGAAGCUGCAGCAGGAGCUGGAGUUCCUGGAGGUCCAGGAGGAAUACAUCAAAGAUGAGCAGAAGAACCUGAAGAAGGAGUUCCUGCACGCCCAGGAGGAGGUGAAGAGGAUACAGAGCAUCCCUCUGGUGAUCGGACAGUUCCUGGAGGCCGUGGAUCAGAACACGGCCAUCGUCGGCUCCACCACAGGCUCCAACUACUACGUUCGUAUCCUGAGCACCAUCGACAGAGAGCUGCUGAAGCCCAACGCCUCGGUGGCGCUGCACAAGCACAGCAACGCCCUGGUGGACGUGCUGCCCCCCGAGGCCGACAGCAGCAUCAUGAUGCUGACGUCAGACCAGAAGCCUGAUGUGAUGUACGCCGACAUCGGCGGGAUGGACAUCCAGAAGCAGGAAGUCCGAGAAGCCGUGGAGCUGCCGCUCACUCACUUUGAGCUCUACAAACAGAUCGGCAUCGACCCGCCCCGGGGAGUCCUCAUGUACGGCCCCCCCGGCUGUGGGAAGACCAUGCUGGCCAAGGCCGUGGCUCAUCACACCACCGCGGCGUUUAUCCGCGUGGUGGGCUCCGAGUUUGUGCAGAAGUAUCUGGGUGAAGGUCCCCGGAUGGUGCGGGACGUGUUCCGGCUGGCCAAGGAGAACGCUCCCGCCAUCAUCUUCAUCGACGAGAUCGACGCCAUCGCCACCAAGCGCUUCGACGCCCAGACCGGAGCCGACAGGGAGGUGCAGAGGAUCCUGCUGGAGCUGCUCAACCAGAUGGACGGCUUUGACCAGAACGUCAAUGUCAAGGUGAUCAUGGCCACCAACCGGGCCGACACCCUGGACCCGGCGCUGCUCCGGCCCGGCCGUCUGGACCGGAAGAUCGAGUUCCCGCUGCCCGACCGUCGGCAGAAACGCCUCAUCUUCUCCACCAUCACCAGCAAGAUGAACCUGUCGGAGGAGGUGGACCUGGAGGACUACGUGGCCCGGCCCGAUAAGAUCUCUGGAGCCGACAUCAACUCCAUCUGCCAGGAGGCCGGCAUGCUGGCGGUGCGGGAGAACCGCUACAUCGUCCUGGCCAAGGACUUUGAGAAAGCUUACAAGACGGUGAUCAAGAAGGACGAGCAGGAGCACGAGUUCUACAAGUAGAGGGGGACCAGACGACGUCCCGGGGACCAGACGACGUCCCGGGGACCAGACGACGUCCCGGGGACCAGACGACGUCCCGGGGGACCAGGCCGGUAUCCUCCUCCGUUUGUCUCACUGUUUCUUUCUGGAUCUGCAGCUUUGGUUUCUGGACUAAAUUUACCCCCAGAGAUCGACCCGGGUCUCGGCCCGGACACGAUGCACCACAUGACGGAGUCUCCACCGGAUCGUUACGACAUUUGUUAUCUGUAUGUUCUCACUUAAAGAAUAAUAGUCCAUUAAAGCUGUUUUCCAUUUGAAUGAAA